AUGUCAAUAAUAGUAACUAGAAGAAAAAAAAACUAAGCUGUCACAAGCUAAUCCAAUCAGGAGUAAUUAAAAUCUCAAUAUAAACAGAAAUAAAAAGCUGAGAUAGCAUACUCAGACAAUGAACCUAAUUUUACAUAUAAUGCUACCUCUAAAGCUGAAAGUUUAAGCAGCAUUGUUGAAACAAUGAAUUAGUAAUUUUAAAGAUCAGAAUAAAAUGGCUCUAGGCCACUGAAGCAGAUGCUGGUUGAGUAUCAGAAUAUCAAUUAGUAAACAUCUCCAAAGACCUCAGUUGGAGUUUCUAGCUUGAUGAAUUCUGAACUUAAUGGUCCAUAGAUUCACAUAAAAAGUGAAAUAUCAUCUGGAUAAAAAAAUGUACAAGGGACAAUUUAGUAUUAAAGUAAUAAAUUUGCUUUGAAUCAAAAAAUUUCUCCGAUUGAUAGAAAGAUAUAAAGCAAAUCUGCUAAGAGAGGAGGGGGAAGAGUCAAACAAUAACAGGUUUUAUAUAUGCAGCAUAUGCUGAAUCAAAAUGCCUAAAUAACUAAAAUGAGCAGACUUAUAUUUAACCCUUAAUAAUAAAUUGUAUAGGGAACCUCAAUUAGCAUUAUGAAAUAGAGGAAAUUUGUAAAGAUUCCCAGCAAGAAUUAGACCUAAAAUGAAUAAGAAUAAAUAAAUAAUUCCAGAACUCAAUAAAAGCAAUUUAGCAGCAGUGGAAACAAUUCAUUGAGAGAAAAUGGGUCAAUUAACUCAUAAAAGUAGCCAAAGAAAUUUAUUAAUAAUUAUGGCAUAGAGUAGCAAUAUUAAUCAGUCAUUUCUAAUAACACAAAUAAGCAUCAAGCAAUAAAUGACUUUCUUUAGGACAAUUAUUGCAGUUAAAAAUCCCUUUCUGAAGCACAAAAUGACAAUCGAGAAGAUUAAAAUAUCUAUUCUAGCAAGAAAUAACUUGAAAAAUUAGAGCCUUUAUCUAGAUUUAAAGGAGAUUAGAAUAAUUUAUGA